UCAACCAGCACGAUCCUAGUCGUCCGCUGCCAUAGUGCCGUUCCUCUACGAUUCCCGUUGGCGUAUCCGUCCUCUUCGACAUGGCUGAUUCGCGCGCCCGGAGACUCCCUCUGGAAAUCAAGGUGCUCACCGAUGAGCCGAUCGUGGGCAUUGCUGCCCACUUUGAUGACCAGGACUUUUCCUCCAUGUGCCUGACUCUCUCGCCAACCGAAGGACCAUUCCAUGGGCUCCGGCUCCAUUUCUCAGUCACCAUUCCCGAGUCCUAUCCAAAGUCUCCGCCCAUCAUUAAAAUCUCGUCCCCCAUUCCGCACCCAAACGUCGUCGAUGGCAAGCUAUGCUGCGACAUUCUGCUCCCGACCGAUCCCGAUGCCGAGAGCAACCCAGAGUACCGAGGCGGGUGGUGUCCAAUGUACAGUCUGCAGAGCGUAUUUCUCCAGCUGCUCAGCUUCUUCAUGAGCCGGAAUGUUGAGCAAACCAGCGGCCGCAUCACCCAGGUGGUUCGACCACGGAGGGGAUUCAAGUGGCAAUCGGCCUCCAUGACCCCGGAGCAGAUCCUGUUCGAGGAGUGCCGUGCAAUUCUUGUCCAAUUCUCGUGCACCAAGUGUGGAUACAACGACGGAGCGAUGCAAUCCGUAUGCUCGACCUCGGAGGUAACCGAGCCCCUGGUCGAGAGCACCCCAAGCCUCCCGCAGGACAGGGCAAGGCUGCGGAAGGUCCUCGCUCGCAUCAAUACCAAGCCCGAGAUCUGGCUGCAGAUAGCGGACUGGCUCUCGGACCAAAGCAUGCAGCAUCUGAUGCAGGCAUACAAGCCCUUCAGCGACAUUGCCAAUGCUCACCACCUCCUGAUCAAGCGGCAGCUGCGUUGCUUCUUCCUGCGGACCCCGCUGCGCGAGACCAACAGCGUUGUCCUCGGCAUCGGCGUCAGGGGAUACUACAAGAACAGCCCCUCCGUGCGUCCCGUCGAGUUCGAUCUUCUCUCGUACGAGGCCUUUUCGCCGCCCCAUCGAAUCCGCACCAGCUCAUGGAACGAGCGCUUCACGCAUUUCUUGCCGCUGGUGCUGACCGAGUACCACUUUCGACGAUCGCUGGGCGUGCUACAGGAGUUUACCGCCGCCUUUACUCACAGCGGCGAGUCGCGGCGACGUCGCAGCUUUGAUCCCUUGCUUGUGGUUCAGGUGCUUCCGUUGCUGAUGAACGGCUUGGUGGUGCGAUUCAUGAAAGAGACCAGUCCGGCGCACCCGCCUGGCUUCCAUGAGCCACCAGCCCGCUCAAGCUCCGAGUCGACACUGCUUGCUGAAGACGCUGGGGCUACGACAGAUCAUCUCGCCCCCGGCCAAGUCGCCAGGACAAAGUCAAUGAUGCAUGCCUCAGAGAAAGCCCUGAUCGGCUACUUUCUCAUGCUUCACUCGUUCACCCGGCUGACACUCGAGUACCCCGGCAUCCUCGAAUGGGUGAACAACACCAUCUCGUCCUUUUUGCAGGACCCCUCGGCGCGCGACAAGUCGUUCGUCCCCAACCUCGGAGAGUUCUAUGCCUACCUCAGCAUCUGCGACCAGCCCGAGGACCAGUGGAGAGCUGUUAUCGAGCCCGUCUUUCUCGAGACAUUGUGCCGAUCGGUGGUGUGGAUGUUGGAUCCCAAGCACGGCAACAAACCCUAUCUGGCGUAUCUCGAGAGCGACGACCAAGUAUCCGAGUUCCGGCUCCUCGAGACCUUCGAGAGCGCCAUCACCUCGCUCCGGAUGCUCAUGUUCCAUGCCUAUCUGAUCCGGGUGAUAUCCCGGCUGGAGAAUGCCCAGAAUCUCCAGGAGCGCAACGAAAUCUACAUGAGCCGGUACGGAUACCCGCGCCCAGCGAUUCUCGCCGAUCUGCAGCGAGAAGUCCAGGAGAUCUACACGGUCAACAACUGGUCCCUGGCCAUGAGCAAGAUUGGCCUCGAGCCCAUGUCCAAACUCGAGCUGUGCCGGGUCCUGAGACAAGCCAUCGUCGAUAGCAGGCAAAAGGACUACCACCACAGUCCGCUCCAUCGAUGCACGCUGCAAAAGCUGCGACUCGACGCACAAGCUGCCCGUGAGCCGUUAUUCGAGUCCUCGUUCGACAGCGAUCCGUCGCCCGAGCCGAUCCGGUGGGAGACGAUUCCUGGACUCGACACGCUGCGAAGCAACCAGCUGAAGAUUGUGGAUGAACAAACCUCCAACGGCCAGUGCCCCACUUUCUUUGUCAACCGACGACGAAACGUCCCGGGCUCUGACAGGGGCGCCGUCGACGGAAGACCAUCCGAGAAGAAGGGAGACCAUGAGCGACAGAGGGGCGCCGACGACUGGGGAGGAGAAAAGCGGGGACACUGAUGCGGCGCCAGAGGUCUCUGGUGUAAAUCACAGGGGAGACCAUGUUUUUGAGGUAGAUGACCUUAUUCUGGAGUAUAACUCGUCCCAAUCGAAAUAUGACACGACACCCAGUCCUUUCUUGAUCUCGAAUACAAGCACUUUCAUCAUUUGCAACGACCAUCCGCUGCUCCUGGUUUCUGCACCGCUGCACUCGGUGCCGCAUGCAUCUUGAU